AUGAGAAAAAGCGCCAUUGACGAGACGCUGAGCCGGCCCACCAGCAACUCGGGCUCGCCCUCGCGACGAAUCACACAAACCAGCCACCACCUCCAACAACCGCAGCAGCACCGCAUUCGCAAGGGCUCGCAGUCGCGACGCAAGUCGAACUGCUCCUCGACCGCCCAGUCGCGAUCCUCGCUGGAGCCCGACGCGGACUUGAUGGCGUCGCCUGCCCCCUCCUCCGUCGCGGGCAGCCCGUACAGCCUUGCGAGCAGCUUUGCGACUAUCUCAGAGGGCGGCGCCGGGGACUUUGCGGCCACCCUCUCGGUCCCCUACGACUCGCCGGGUGCUGUCGGGAUGACUGCGCAGCACAUGCCAUACUCGAUGCCCUACCACGACUGCGGCUACCAGUCGGGCGCCGCCUGGCCGCCUGCUGCCUCCUACCAGCGUGGCGAUCCUGGCACGUCGGCGGGGUUAAACAACUCGUUCAUCUCCACCGUGUCGAACCCGGACGCGUUCCCGGUUCUGACACCACCCGACGAGUACAUGCAGUUCCAGGCCUUUGCCAGCCUACAGACUGCAGGAGCGGACAUCUGGCCGUACCACCGCUAG